AUGUCAUUACAAACCGACCCUCAAUGCUGGUCACGAAAUGAUUUCCUCAUUUCCACCGACAAGAACCUUCUCUCGAUUCCAUCGAUCAACCACGCCUUUGGACAGGACUUUAUGUACUGGGUCAAUCCAGUUCCAGACCAUAUCUUGGAGAGCGUCGUGGACCGUUCAUUUUGCUUCGGUUUAUACAAGGUUAUCCACAACCCCGUUGCGGCGAACGGCAAUGGCGCAAAACCACAGCCAGACGAAUUCAAAACAACCGAUAUCGAACAGAUUGGAUUUGCCCGCCUUAUUACAGACAACAUUACUUUCGCCUACCUGACCGACCUCUAUGUCCUGCCGGAGUAUCAGGGUCUAGGUCUAGGGGGUUGGCUUAUCGACUGCGUGAAUGAGGUUUUGAGCGAACUCCCAUACCUGCGCUGGGUCAUGUUGCGAACUUCUGUCAAAAAGAGCAAGGAUUCGUAUACGAAACGGCUCGGUAUGGGCGUUCUCGAAUCCGGCGAUAUCAUGAAUGGCCCAGUUAUGAUGGGGAAAAAGGGGAGGGCAGGGAUGGCAUAA